CAACCAAAUAAUUACAAGUAUCAUAUCAUAUAAUAUAAUUAAUUAUGGCAUUGAAAGUUAUAUUGAUUUUGUUCUUUGCAAUGCUUUUAUUUACAAAUGAGAACAAUGGUGAGAUGAUCAAAAGAGAGGAUGGAGAAUGUUUAUCACUGUGUAUUGCUGGUUGCUUCUUAAACCCUAUUUGCAGCACUAUUAUAUGUCCUGACUAUUGCAGUCAGAGGGACGUUCAAACUCGAAAUAAUCACAUUUGUAACGUUGGAUGUUCUUUUGGUCAUUGUUACAAAUAUCUCAUCAACAACUAUGAUCAUGAGAAGUUCGGAAGUUGCAUGACAAGUUGCAAUGAGAAUUAUUGUGUUGAUGGCAAUAAUAAUAUUGCUCUACCAAAAGCUUAAGAAGAAGUUAUGACCACAAAGUAUAUUGUGUUA